AUUUGGGUUAAGUUCAUAUUUAGUGGUUGAGCACCCCCUAAUCGAUACAACAUGUAGUAAAUAUUCUAAUUUCUAUUAUGAGCCACCAUAAGCGACGACUAUAGACUAAUUAUUAUAUCAACCGUUAUAUUACUAUAAAGAUUUUACAACGUACUUCGGGAGACGCAAUCAACAAAAAGUCCGACAAGUAUACCAACGACUUCCUCCAUUUUGUUACGCGUGCGACGGCGCGUGCCUCCACUCGCUGAAAUUUCCUCUGUUUUUAUUCAUUUCCCCUCGAGUUCUCCGAAAACCGCCGGAGAUGUCUAUCUCGCCGCCAUCUUCUUCCAGUGCGGCGGCCGCGUCGACGACAUCGUCUUCUUCUUCUCCAGCGGCGGCGGCGGCGGCUUCGUCGUCAUGGUUCUCAGGAAUCGUUCGAGGAAAAUCAGGAACGGCGAAGCUAUCGAAAAGCGCGUCGGCGGCGGCGGGAGGCGGAGGAGGGGACUACGGUGGUGGUGGACCGAUAAUCAGAGGGAGGAGCCAAUUUCGUGGAGUGUUGUUCAAAUACGGUCCCAAAUCGAUUCAGGUGGCUUUUAAGACGGGAGAGUAUAAACAACAAGUGAUCUUCAUCGGUGGAUUAACCGAUGGUCUUUUAGCUACCGAUUACUUGGAGCCUCUUGCAACUGCUUUGGAUAAAGAGAAAUGGUCGCUUGUUCAGCUGCUCAUGUCCUCUUCGUACUCUGGAUUCGGUACUUCCAGCUUGAAACAAGAUGCACAAGAGAUUGACCAACUCAUAAGCCAUCUCAUCAACAAAGAGAACUCUGAAGGUGUUGUUCUGCUUGGUCAUAGCACUGGCUGCCAGGACAUUGUGUAUUACAUGGGAACCAAUUCUGCAUGUUCUAGAGCCGUCAGAGCUACGAUUUUGCAGGCACCGGUCAGCGAUAGAGAGUACAGAGCAACACUCCCUGAAACACCAGCUUUGAUAGACUUGGCUGCAAAAAUGAUAAGCCAAGGCCGAGCAGAGGAGCUAAUGCCUAGAGAAGCUGAUCCUUCUGCUCCCAUCUCUGCUUAUAGAUACCACUCCCUCUGCGCUUACAUGGGAGACGACGACAUGUUUAGUUCUGACCUAAGUGAUGAUCAGUGGAAAACUAGACUUGGUCAUAUGGCUAACACGCCUUGUCAGGUGAUUUUCUCCAUGGGUGAUGAGUAUGUACCGGAUUAUGUCGACAAAAAAGCACUGGUUAACAGAUUAAGUAAAGCAAUGGGAGGAGCAGAGAAAGUGGAGAUAGAGCAUGGGAACCACUCUCUAUCCAAUAGAGUUCAUGAAGCUGUUCAAGCCAUUAUUGGUUUUGUCAAAAGAGAAGGACCCAGUGGUUGGGAUGAUCCUUGGAGCUAAAUCUUCCUUCUUUUUUCAUUUAUGUGGAUAAAAAAUUAUCCAAAUCUCAGUCUCAUGAAUUAACUUGUCUUCUUGGCUGAUUUACAAUCAUUUUCCUUUCAGCGUAAAGAGAAGACAAUUUGUUUUCUCUUUGUCAUAUACUUCGAUCAUUUGAAAAACUCGCUCAUGUAAUAUAAACCUCAGUUUAUUUCGUUGUAUCUUUGUAUAAAGAGUUUUCUUUUUAUAUGAGCUUCACUAUGUCUCGUUUC